CCUCUACAAUCGUAUCCUGUCUGAGAACAGCACAAUGGGCAAAUCUGCCAUGCCCCAAGAUCCUCAAGUCAUAAACCUAAACAAGGUUCUUGCCUCACAAGAGCGCGUUCUCUUGUCUGAAUCUCUAGAUUCCAGCAACUUUAAAUCGCGGUACGAAAGAGCGAGAAUAAGAGCGAAUUUUGACUAUGCACGCUCGCUGCUUCUCACAGUUUCCUCCACAAAAAAACUGCCAAAGGAUGACAUCCAACGCAAACGGGACCUAGUCAAGCGACUUCAGGCUCGAUUGAACGAACUGGACCACCUGUACGCACAAGAAGACGAGGAAGAAUGUGAAUCGUGCGACGAAGAAGAGCAUGAGCCAACAAAGGCAGGAAUCAUACAGGAGCCUGAAGGCAUGCGACAGCGAGGUCAAGGGGGAUCUAGCGCAAUACAGCCCACGGCGACAACCACGUCCUCAAACCGUUACAGCCAGGCAUUCCCACGGAGCAAGUCCUCCGCCACGCGAGAAAACGAAGAGUCCGACUGGGCACUCAAGUCGCGCGAGAGCAAAAUCUCGUCACAUGACCGCGAGCGUGCCGAACUCCAGACGUCGCUCCUCAACCUUGCCGUCCAGCUUAAGCAGUCAGCCCGAGGAUUCGGGGCCAGCAUCGAGCAGGAAAAGGGUACUCUGAACGCAGCCAUACUCGGACUGGAUAAGAGCGUCGGAGGGAUGGAGGGCGCCGGAGGCAAGAUGGAUAGCUUAAGGCGGGAGACCGAGGGAGUGGGCUGGUGGAGGAGGAUGAGGCUGUACGUUGAGGUGGGAGGUUUGUGGCUGCUGGCUGUCUUAUUGGUCUUUGUGUUUCCCAAAUUGAGAUUCUAGAAGGAGUGAAUUGAGGGUCCGCGUGCAUGGUCUGGCGUUCAAUACCAGAUGUAUUAUGAGGUCGGCAGAGCUAUUCAAGCUGCUAUAGAAGCUAAUUCAUGAAAUAUCACAAUUCACAGCUCA